CCGCGCCACUUCCGGCCUUCCCGGGCCUGCGCGCUCCGGAGCUCGCGGGGCCGCGGCGCGGUGGGUCGCGCGUGGGCGCCGGGCUCGCGAGACGAUGUCCGCGUGGGCCGCCGCCCUCCUGCGCCUGCGCGCCGCGCCCUCCCCGCCCCCGCCCCCGCCCCCGCCCCCGCCCGGGCCCCGCGGCCUGCGCCUGGCCGCCCCGCUGGCCGCCGGCCACAACCGCUGGUCCAAGGUGCGGCACGUGAAGGGCCCGCGCGACACGGAGCGCAGCCGCGUCUUCAGCAGACUCGCGCUCAGCCUGCGCCUGGCCGCCAGAGAAGGAGGCUCCAACCCUGCGCUCAACAGCAGCCUGGCCAGCGUUCUGGAGGUGUGUCGCAGCAAGCAGAUGCCCAAGUCGACCAUUGAAGCAGCCCUGAGGAUGGAGAAAACGAAGGACGUUUAUCUGCUCUAUGAGGGCCGAGGCCCUGGUGGCUCUUCUCUGCUCAUUGAGGCUUUAUCGAACAGUGGCCCCAAGUGCUACUCGAACAUCAAGCAUAUCCUGAACAAGAAUGGAGGAGUGAUGACAGAAGGAGCCCGCCACUACUUUGACAAAAAGGGAGUGGUGGUGGUUGCAGUCGAGGACAGAGAGAAGAAAGCUGUGGACCUCGAGCGCGCCCUGGAGCUGGCGGUUGAAGCUGGAGCCGAGGAUGUCAAGGAGGCUGAAGAUGAAGAUGCAAAGAACAUUUUUAAAUUUAUUUGUGAGGCCUCCUCACUGCACCACGUGAGGAGGAAGCUGGACUCCCUGGGCCUGUGCUGUGUGUCCUGUGCACUGGAGUUCAUCCCCAACACCAUGGUGCAGUUGACGGAUCCCGACAUGGAGCAGGCCGCCCACCUCAUCCAGGCCCUCAGCAGCUACGAGGACGUGAUCCAGGUGUACGACAACAUCGAGUAGCCGGCAGUGCUUGCCGGCCCUAUGGCGCUGGGUUUGUAGCACAGGCUUCCUUCCGCAGCACCUGCUGAGACAGAAGCAGAUGGGCCUGGGCGGUCGGGAGAUGGAAGGCCAGGGUUGGCAGUUCUGUGGCAGAGCGAGUCUCCUUCACGGGUUCUCUUUUUCAGCUCUGCCGGUGUCUUGGAAUCCUUCUCGAGGAGUUCUUCUUCCGCAUGGAUGCAGGGUGGUGCCCAAACCGUCGCUAAAUAAUAACCCUGACUGAUCCGCUCAGUGCA